GCAAAGUCGACUGUCUUGCUACGCUGCCACCGGCUAAACGUGCUCACCAAAGCUGUGAUAAAGCUAUGAAGACCUCAAAUAAUUGACUGUCCUGUCACUCACCCGCCAGCUAACACAAUAUCUCUACGUGUUUACUAGCAUUCACGUCCUUCUGCUUAUUACAUAGCAUCGAAUUCCCACUUCUGAGCAUCACGUCCUUCAUCCUCUGAAACGCACCAACAUGGCUGCGGUAUUGAUAACUGGCGCUACUGGAAAGCAAGGUGGUUCCGUUGUGAACGCGCUUCUCAAGGCCAACAGCGAGUUGCAGAUUCUCGCCCUUACGCGCAACGCGCAGUCAGCAUCCGCACAGAGGCUUGCCCAGAAGUCUCCGAAGAUCAAGCUCGUUACGGGCAAUCUAGACACGAUUGAAGAUGUCUUCAAUUCAGCAAGACAAGCAACCAACCUGCCCAUCUGGGGGGUGUUCAGUGUGCAGCAGGUUCCAAUGGGAGGUGGACAAAACGCCCAGAGCGAAGAGCGUCAAGGCAAAGCCCUGGUUGAUGCCUCGCUCAAACACGGUGUGAAACACUUUGUCUACUCGUCCGUCGAUCGCGGCGGCUCGAGAUCUGACAAAGACCCCACUAACAUUCCGCACUUUAUCAGCAAACACAACAUCGAGCAGCACCUGUUUAGCAAGGUGGACAGCAAUAGCAGCAUGAACUACACCGUCCUUCGUCCUGUCGCUUUCUUCGAAAACCUAAUGCCAAAUUUCUUCGGCAAAGUUUUUACAACAAGCUGGCAGACGACAUUGCGCCGAGACCAGAAGCUACAGCUAAUCCCCACGAGUGACAUUGGCUUCUUCGCAGCCGAGGCUUUCAUGAAGCCUAAAGAGUAUCUCAACGAGAGGAUAUCGAUUGCAGGAGACGAGUUGACUUACGAUGAGUUCAAGACGAUUUUCGAGGAGAAGACAGGUCAGAAUCUGCCGACGACGUACAGAUUGAUAUCGGCGGCGAUCAACGGGAUGGUUAAGGAGCUAGGCUACAUGUUUCAGUGGUUCCGCGAUGUUGGGUAUGGAGCAGACAUUCCUAGCCUGAAGGAGCGUAAUCCGGAGCUCAAGGACUUCAAGACCUGGCUGGAUGUUGAGAGUGCAUGGAAGACUCGAUGA